CGGUAGCGAACAUUUGGGGCUCAGAGUCUCGACACCAGUCCUGAACGAACCAUCGUGCAUCCAGUAGUCGUGCCCCAGUGUGUGUCUCUCCUAUGUGUGUGCGUGUUAAUCGUUGCUCUGUUAUCGAUACGGAAUAAUCCAUUUUUUGUACCCGAAAACAUUCAAUUAAAACUGUGGUCAUUUACAACAACAACAAUAACAAAGUGUUGAGUGAAUUUUUGCUUUCGGUUUGAUUUAUUUAUUUCUUUUUUGCUUUUUUGCCGGGAGAGUUUAAAGUUGAAGUGCCAAAACUCGGUGUGUGUCAAAGUGUGUGUGUGUGUGUGUGUUUUGGCUGUUGCAUUUUUGAACGGCCCGAGGACAGAGGCGGUAUUUUCAUUGAAACACACACAACAACAAAAAAUAAAUAACGGGCUUAAUUACUUCACCUUCUGCGGUUAUCGAACCAUGGCCGUGAAGUUCCAUCAACCCGACGAGCUGGAAACUUGAACAAACAACCAACACCAAUUUUUCAUUUUAUUAUUAUUAUUAUUUUUUCAAAAAAAAUAAUAAAGAUAAAAUAAAAUAUUUGGUUGUCAUUGAAACUUCUGCUAACCGCCCGACGGCCAUUCACGACCGAGAUCAAUCUACAAUUUUUCAACAGACUAACAGAAAAUAAAAAUAAAAAAAGAAACUGUUUGAAUUAAAAGUGCGUUGAUCGACGAAUUUCAAAGAACUCAAAGUGUGAAAUUUCAUCAUGGACACAUCAACAGCCAAAUUCAUUGUCUUCUUAUUGGUUUCGUUGAUGAUGAUGGACCAUCACAUCGAAGCGGCAACGCUGGACGAUUUUGGCGGAAACGAGACGAGAGAUCCGCUAGAGCCGCAAUGGUCCACAUGGUCGCAAUGGGCUCCGUGUUCGAGGACGUGCGACGGUGGUGCCACCUACCAGACGCGUCGCUGUAUGGACACUGUGCGCGGAUGCGGAAUCAACGGACGUAGCAUCCGCUAUCAGAUUUGCAACAUGCAGCCAUGUCCGGAAAUGGUCGAUUUCCGGUUGCAGCAAUGCCAGAAUUACAACAGCAUUCCAUACCAGGGGAAAUUAUACAAUUGGGUGCCGACCGUGGAUAAAAGCACGCCGACGUGUUCGCUUUCGUGUCGGGCUGUCAACACGUCGUUGGUCGUCCAGCACGCGGCCCGCGUCCACGACGGAACGCGUUGCAAUCCGGGCAGUUUGGACAUGUGCAUUGAUGGAAUCUGUCAGCCGGUGGGUUGCGAUCUGCAAUUGAACUCUGAUUGGAAAGUGGACGCUUGCGGAGUGUGCGGCGGCGAUGGAUCGACUUGCGCCGACAGCAGCGACGACCUCGUCGUCGGCUACCGAUGGGAAUUCGGCCACCGUCUCUCCACCUGCACUGCGUCCUGCGACGGAGGUGAACAGGAAGUCGAAAUCAUUUGCAGGGAUGCCGUUACCGGUUUAGAAGUUUCCGAUCAGACGUUGUGCGACCAAUCGAAUCGACCGGAGCCGAAGAUCGUCCAGUGCCACACGGAUCCUUGUCCUCCAAAGUGGAUCGUUGGACCGUGGGACGCGUGUUCCUUGACGUGCGGAGGCGGCAUCAAGGAGCGUCGCGUCUAUUGCCAACAGGGACGCAAUAACAGCAAGGUGGACGACGUCAUUUGCUCGGCUCUCAUUGGUCACAAGGCUCGCACGCACGAACCUUGCAAUACUCACGACUGUCCCAGUUGGUUCCAAGGUCCUUGGUCUCAGUGUUCGACGCCGUGCGGCGAUGACGGCGUUCAAACGCGAGUUGUCGUCUGUCGUGACGCUCGAGGUCACGUGACCAACGCCUGCCGGCCACAAGAUCAGCCGCCAACAAGCCGGGCGUGCCCGUCUCAGCCGGCCUGCCCGUCGACGGCUGCCCCACCGACCACGAUCACGGCUCCCAAUCGAGCGCCCAGGCAAAAAGUGACGCCGUUCAGCCUGUUUGACGACGAGGAAGCCGACGAACAAGAGGAAGACGAGAAGGAACUGAAAGGCGUUUUGGUUCAGCAACCGACCGGCUCGAUUUCCAGCGGCUCAGUUCCGUCGGCCUUGCUGUCGGAGAAGCUGCAAGUCGGCGAAAUCAGUUUGGUACCCACCGAUCCUACUCUGGCGUUGUAUUACGCUUGCGGCUGGUUUUACAAAAGUUUCAUCGCCGGUGAUUGGAGUCCGUGUUCGGUGACUUGCGGCGACGGUACGCGCGAGCGCGAAGUCAACUGCAAGAUCUUCCUGGAAUUCUCGAAAACGAUAGCCAAAUUACCCGACAAGGAAUGCCCUGGACUUAAACCGGCCGAAAUAGAACCUUGUUUCAUGAGACCUUGCAGCCUCUCCAAUAAAUACGAGCCGUGGAUUGACCAGUUCAGCGACCAAUCCAAUUACAAGCUGAUGCUGGCCACUCGUAAACCGGUGGAGGAUCUGCGAGCGGCCACCAAAAUGGAAUUGACGAGCGGCGGUGGCGCCAGUGGCGGGCCAGUCACGGUCACCAAACCGUCCCAUUCAGUCCCAGCGUCGGUGACGGGUCCGCUGCUCGCCCAUACGUGGAAAUCGUCUGGAUUUUCGCAAUGCAGCGCAUCUUGUCUCGGAGGAGUCCAGGAAUCCAUUAUUGAAUGCGUCCGGGAACAGGACGGCCAGCGAGUCAGUCCGCAUUUGUGCCCCAUGGAACGGCGUCCGGACGCUAUCACGCGGACGUGCAACGACGUGCCUUGCCCGCCCAGAUGGAACACGUCGGAUUUUUCGACUUGCAGCCGCACGUGCGGCGGUGGCGUGCAGACUCGCGAGGUGCACUGCAUUCACGAAGUGGCCCGCGGCGGCAGCAAUACGCUGCCCGUCGGGGCCGACCUUUGCCCGCAGCCACCGCCUCGUGCCCAACAGUUUUGCAAUAUGAUCGACUGCCCGGUCGAGUGGAAGACGGGCGAAUGGAGUCAGUGUUCGUCGCCGUGCGAUGGAGGCUUCAAGGUGCGCAAAGUGUCGUGCCAGCAAUUGCUGGCCCUGGGUCAGGUGUUGACCAAAACGGCCAAUCAUUGCAAUCCGACGUCGAGGCCGGCCGAAUCGAAGCCGUGCAACACUGGCAAGCAAUGCAGCCGAGUUGCGGAAGAGCCAGAGGAAGAAACGAAGGCAACAACUGUCGGCAGCGCUCCAGAGAGGCCGCCACCUGCAUCGGACUUGCCUAAAAUCCAGUCGACCAAUCAGAACUUUGUACAGCAAAGCCAAUCGAAAAAGAAGGUGACGCUGAAAAUAGGCGGCAAAGCCACCGUCUUCAAAGGCACUCAAAUCAAAAUCAGAUGCCCCGUCAAACACUACGACAAAUCGAAAAUCAAUUGGAUGAAGGACCACAUUCUGUUGGUCAAGAGCCAGAAAUACGAGCUGAAUAAGAAAGGCAUGCUGCGCAUCAGGGACGCCACCUAUAGCGACAGCGGAGUGUAUUCUUGCAUUGCCGGAAGAAGCGCUGCCAACAUCACCGUGACGGUCAGACCGGCUCCAACGGCGUCCAGCAACCUGGAAAAUGAUUGGGACUCUUCGAGUCCUGGGGCCAAUGGAAAUCGAUCAAAAGUCGAUGGCAGUCACGUCAAGCACAGCGUCCAUCCGAGCGCCGAUUCCAAGACGGACGAAUCGCUGAGACGAUCGUCUUCCGGUGGCGGGACGUCGUGGCCGGCCUCUGUGCCCGCCGGUCAGCGAUCCAAAGAAGAGGAGGAAGAAGAAGAGGAGGAGGAUGUCAAAGAGAUGAAAGGCAACAGCCUCGUGAAUAAAGGACACAAAAGCGGCUUUGAUCAUGGGGCCAGAGUUGCCGCAAAACCGAAUGCAGACGAGACGUUAACAUCUGGAACGACCGGCCCUCUUUUCCCCGAUCAGGACCAGGAUUGGCAUCGUCAAACGUCUCAUUACACUUACGUGACUCGAGCGCGGACGACUCGAGCGCCGCCAACCCGACCUACCACCACCACCACCACAACAACAACAACUGAAAGUCCAGCAACGACAUCUGCACGCCCCGAUGAUAACGAAGAGGAAGACAUUCCCUUUGACGAGGAGGAAGAUGAUUCCCGUUCGGAGAGAAGGACGAUGGCGAGCAACUGGCCGGAUCGCAUCGAUCCGAUCCCGACUUUCUGGCCGACCAGUAACUGGUGGGGCUCUAUCGAUCCGAUCCGCAGCGAUGGCGGGUCGCGUGGCGGCGGUCAGUCCCGUCAAUCGAACCGCAUUCCGACGUACGCGCCUCCGCCGCCCAACGGUAACAAUCGGAACAGGGCGGAGACGAGCGAUGGUCGUGGCGGUGGCGGCGGCAGUCAAGUGGCUCGAUCGAGCAGCUCACGACCUUCACCGCCACCUUAUUUGCAAUGGCUUCUGGCUGGAUUGGUGCAGCACCAACCAGAAGUGGGACAGCCAUCGUCGUCGGCCGCCUCUAAAAACAGCAAAAACGCUGCCAGCCGGACGGCUGCUGGCAAAAAUGGCGGACAUAACCGAUCUAAAUUGAGGAACGCUUCGGCCGGUCAUCACGGACAGCAGCACCAGAAAACCAGGGCCAACAAAUCCGCCAGCCAUCCGGUCAGCGCUGGCUCGUCGUCUGCAUCUGCUGUUAUUUUGGGCAAAGGGAAAGCGGACACUUUGAAGUUUGAAUGGUUACUGACGCCCUGGUCAAAGUGUUCGCAGACAUGCGGCGGUAGUGGAUUCCAGGUGCGAGCUGUCCAGUGCAUCGCCCGUCUGAAUAACGUCACUAAAUCGGUCGAGGCCAGCCUUUGCGAGGAUGCUGGACUAGCCAAUCCUGAUGAUGCUGGAUUAGAGGUCACCCCGGCGUUGACGGUUAGAAGCAAACAGCCGGCCACUGUCCAGAAGUGUGGCCUGGAUACGUGCCCGCGAUGGGUUGCAGCUUCUUGGACUCCGUGUCAUCAGUCACGCUGCUUUACUUGGAACACUGCACUCCAAAAGAGGCAACUGGACUGCGUGAUGGACAAUGGCACCUUGCUGGACCCCCUGUUGUGCAACGAUCGUGACAAGCCGUCGCAGAAGCGUGAAUGUUUCAACGAGAACUGCCGUGGUGCAUGGAAAGUCUCUGACUGGUCUCACUGCUCGGCUACUUGUGGCUCGAUCGGCCACCAAUCGCGAAUGCUGCGCUGCGUUUGGCACGGCACCGACUCUCCCGCCGGCCUCGCCUGUGCUGACUUACCUAGACUACCCGUAACGCGUCCCUGUCGGGGACCUUCAUGCCCUUUACGUGGCCAAUGCCGGGAUCAGUCCAGCUACUGUGGCCUAGUCCAGACGCUUGAAUUGUGCUACAUCCCACGUUAUCGUCAACACUGUUGCCAGACGUGUCAACAUCAUCAUCAGUUGAAAGAUACCGAACCUUUUGGCCGGAGCCAAUCCAAUAAGAAAAAGAAGAAGAAAUUUAAACAUCCCAACGAUAACGUUAACGCCUCAUCUACCGAUGACAUCCGUUCCUAAUUCCAUCCGUUCCUCAUCAUUGAAAUACCCCCCCCCCCUUUAAAAAAAAAGGCAAUUUUUAUUUUAUUUUAUUUUUUUCAAUAUUCAUCCAGUCAUUAAAAUAAUUUUUACAAACCCUCCCCACCGAAAAAAAAAAAUAAUAAUAAUAAUUCUCGACUUAAUUUGCUUAAAAAAAAAUGAUCCAUGUUUUAUUUCCGUGUCAUGUUAAAACUCUCUCUUGUGUGUGCCAUCCGGCCUCUCUCGGAGAGAGAAUUGGCCUACUGACCCGCGAAAAGAAAAAAAAAGGUUUAAAGCUUAUGUGUGCGCCAUUUUUUUUGUUUUCUCCCUUCAUCUUUGGAUGUACAUAAAUAACAGUUUCUCUUUAUUAUUAUUAUGACUCUACGAUACGAUGUAUGCUGUUAGAAGAAGCCGCUUCUCGCUUCGUCAUUUCAUUUGUUCUUCUCCUUCUAUUCAACUAAGAGAUAAAUUGUAGGAUAGCCUUCGUCCAAUGUUUCUCUCAACGAAGAUUAAAAAAAAAAGAAGAGGCUAUUUGCAUUUUUGCGCUGCACUUUCUCCUCUCAGCCAAAUAUUAUUCAUCUCUUUUGUUUCCUCUUUGAAUAGAAAAUGGUGUCCAUAUUGUUGACAUCGUAAAAAAGAUGGCAAACUCUCUCCGUUAUUUUCUGUUUUUUUUUACCUUGUGACUGCAUUAUUUCUUUUUACAUUUUCAUUGACCAUCGACAUCCGUAGCGAAUUUCUUUUUAAGUUAUACAUUCCCAUCUUUUUUUUUUUUUUAUUUCCACCAUGUUCAACAUGUUUUUGUUUUGUUGCAUUCCCUCUUCGUUUUUUUUUCUUCUUCUUAGUUGUACCGUUUCUUUAGUUCUGAUUUGUAUGUCUGUUGAGCUGAUUGAGAUGUGCCGUUAAAGAAGAAAAAAACUAUUGUAUAAGAAGAUCAAUACAUUUCCUUUUCCCCUUUUUUACGAAA